AUGAAGAAGCAGCAAUCCCUGAGUCUCCCGAUAUCGCUGUCAUCGACAAAUCAAAGCGAUAUCACAACAUCAAUUUCAAGUUACGAUCAACCAUUCGACAGUGGCACACAGCUGCCUUUGACCCCGCGCCCAUCUGAGUUGGUGGCACUAGAACCAAAUGCGCCAAUUGAUGGUCAAGAAAAGCUCAAGCGAACUAAUGACCGUCUGCGAGGACGCACUUCACAUACCGAAGCAGAGAAUGCCGAGCCUCGUCGAGUGAGCGAUGAAAAUUCGGCGGACAUCAAACAAUUGGACACAUCGAUUGAGGAUGUCUUGAACUUUGCCGGCUUGCCCGACUCAUUCUAUUAUAAACUCAAAGAAGCAUCGUCGCUACUCGCUGCUAGCAAGCGAGGGCUCAGAUAA